UUUCCUGUGAUUCCUCACUCUUCGGAGAACACACAUUUAUUACUUCAACUGUAAACUACCAUGAGCAACAACAAGCUCAACAUGGAGGGCAUCUUGCUCCUCGAGCAGCCCUUCGCUCGCGUCCCAUACGAGAAUUACCGAAAGGUAUUCCGCACGUCACAGAAGAACAUCGAGCGUGAACUCGGAGCUGUUCAGUCCGCAUCGAAUGAUCUGGUCAAGAAGGCGAAGAGUGGAAGUCAGGACCCACAAGAAGCUAUCAAGACGCUUGAGGGCAUGAUUGGCAGAGUGGAAAAUCUGAAACGCAAGUUGGGAGAGUUGCAAGAUGGGCCGGGAUCCUCGACACAGCGGGUCAUGCGCGAACGUCUGCAGCAUCUGAACGCUCUCGAAGAGCUUCAAACUUCUAAUGAUCCGGAGUAUUCUCGCUGGGCGGAUACGAGGCUGGAUAGGUGGUUGGUAGACUGGUCAUUGCGGCACGGGAAGGAGAAGACGGCGAGGAAGAUUGCGCAGGAGAGGGGUAUUCAGACGCUGGUUGAUAUCGACCUGUUCAUGGACAUCAAACGAAUAGAAGAGGCAUUGGGUAGGCAUAGCUGUACGGAGGCAUUGGCCUGGUGUAGUGAGAAUAAGAACACGCUUCGGAAGUUGAAGAGCACACUCGAGUUCGACCUCAGAUUACAAGAGUACAUUGAACUAGCCCGUGCACGUAGGACUCAAGAAGCGAUCGCAUACUCCAAGAAGCAUUUGACACCGUGGCAGGAAACGCACAUAGCUCAGAUCCAACAAGCUUCUGCUCUCCUUGCAUUUCCUCCAACAACGAAAUGUGGGCCUUACAGGCGCCUAUAUGACCCCUCUCGCUGGCACACACUCUCCCACUCCUUCCGCCUCGCCAUCUUUAAUCUCAACACCCUACCCUCCGAACCUCUACUCCACCUCGCCCUCUAUGGCGGCCUCGCUUCACUCAAACUUUCGGCCUGUUACGACCAUAGUACUAAGAAUCCCGACUGUCCUGUGUGCGACGAGAGCUUUGGGGAGCUGGCGAAGGAGGUGCCGUUCAGUCAUCAUGUCAACUCAACGAUCGUGUGUAGUAUUAGUGGCAAGAUCAUGAAUGAGGAUAAUCAGCCGAUGGUGUUUCCAGGUGGCUACGUAUAUUCGAGAGAGGCCUUGGAAGAGAUGGCCGCGAAGAACGACGGGAUUGUCACUUGUCCUCGGUCAGGCGAGCAAUGCGAGUUUUCGAAAUUGAAGAAAGUCUUCGUGUCAUAGUCGCCUACAUCGAUCCCACACAUUAUAUACAGUUAUCAUCACGCCUCGCUCAUUCCAUGCUAUACCCACUCGCUCAUUCAUAGCACCUAGCACCGUACACCGCUAUUGUACAGUAUCCCUUCAUGUUUGUACACUACUGUUGUAAUCUGAUUCUAUCGCAAAAGACCUAUUCUUCGCCUCACAUACGAAGUCGGGAAACG